UUUGUUUCUGUCAACAAACGGACACAGGAGCGUCACCUCUGAGGAGGACCUGCCCUUCUUACCUGCAGUACCUGUUUCAGACAGCAGGUGGCGGUGUUUAGUAAAACUACCAAAGGUUCUGAAACUGUACCCAGGUUAAAAGCAGAGGAAGAAACAAGUACACUAGACAUGAUCAAUAUAAGUAAAAAAGAGGAAAGAUCAAACAAUGACGCAAGUUUAUAAAAUGAAGAACUGAAAAAAGCGAGGAAAUAAAUAUACAACUUAAAAUAAAGGUGCUUAAUUUAUAAAGACCUAAACCAUAAACAAUAAUUGAAAGAUUAAAAUAUUUUUAAAUGGACAGGAACAUAUAAUUAUGAAAUAUAUGAAUAUAUGAAAGAGAAGAAAAAUAAAACAAAUGAAAAUAAGUAUUAUUAUACGUUUUUAAGACUAGAUUAGUCCAUAAACUGUUUUUUUUUGUUUUUGUUUUUUUUGUGAUCCUCUCCUAUAAGACUUCAGACUCUGAGGAAUCUGUGCUGAGCUGUUUAUACUCAGAUUCAAACACAAACAGAGACACAAACUCGUCCUGCUGCCUGGAAUGCUGCAGGCCUGGAGACACUCCUGCUACUCCCAGGAGGCGGAGCCAAAUGACGCAUCACAGCGACGUCACUGACAGCAGAUUUACAUUUUUAAACAUCAGCAAAACCAGGGAAACUCAGAGCAGCCUCACUCCUCCUCCUCCUCCUCUUCUUUCCCCUCCUUUCUGGAUGAAGUUUGUGUUUGAAUGUUUCGGUCACAUUCAUUCAGCCGUCCAGCCGUCCUCAACUCAGAGCCUGAAACACAGAGACGAUUGAACGGGAAGGUGAGUGUCGGCUCUGAUUUCCUCUGAUCAGAAGAAAUAAUUAUUCAACUUUUUACAUAAAUCAGGUCGCGGUCGGGUUGGGAUGGAGCUGAAGGUCUGGGUGGACGGGGUCAUCAGGGUCGUCUGCGGCCUUUCUUUCAACACUUCCUGUCAGGAGGUCGUCAUCUCUCUCGCUCAGGCCAUCGGCCAGACGGGUCGGUAUGUUCUGAUCAGGAAGUUUCGGGGCUUGGAGCGCCCUCUGGUUGCUGACGACUGCCCCAUGCAGCUGCUGGCUCAGAUGGGUCAGCUGGCUGCAGAGGUCCAGUUCGUCCUGCGGAAAACGGGCCCCAGCCUCAGCGAAGGGCCACACACACCCAGCAAGGAGAGCCAACGCCCCCUGCUGGUGCCCUCAGAACCAGAACCUCAGCAUAAGGGCCCUCAGAAAGCCCUCUCCUUCAACCUGGGCCCCUCAACGUUUCCCAGGAGGAACAGACCCAGCAGGAACUGGUCUCCCAGUCUGGAGGAAUCAGCAGAAGAAAAACAUCCGUCUGAUCCUGAGAAGGAGGAGAUGCUGAGGCAGAUCCUGCUGCAGCAGAAGAUGCUGCAGGACCUGGAGGCUCAGAUCGAAGCUCUGGAGAAAGACACCGAGUUAUUCGAGCAGAAUGUCAUAAAUUCUGCAGUUCCUGAUCCGAUUCCGGACCUGACAGGCGACCUGCAGGAGCUGGAGUACCGGCUGAAGCAGUACGAGGUGGAGCUGAUGUACGGAGAAGAUUGGGAGGAGGAGCUGAAGGUGGAGCUGGAGCGAGAGCAAGACAUGCAGAGACGCCUGCAGCAGAUUCACUCGUCUAUAGACGACCAGAGUUAUGAGAUGAAGGUGCUCCAGAGCCGCUCCGACCACCUGGAGCAGGACCUACAGGACCGAGCCCAGACCAGCGCCGAGGAGGAGGGGGCCCGGCUGACCGACGAGGCCCUCAGGUCGCUGACCCAGGAGCUCCACAAGCGGCUGCAGCGGGGAGAAGAUCUGGACGCGGCGCUGGCAGAGACGCAGUGGAAGCUGCAGACGGUAGAAGAAACGGUAAAGGACAGACUGGAGCAGAUCGAUGGGCUGAACAAGGAGCUGAGGCAGUGUGACCUGCAGCAGUUCAUCCAGCAGGCCGGUGGGAACCCGUACGCCGACCAGGGGGGCCCGCUGCCGGUCAGCGAAGUUCACCGGAGCAAGACUCGCGUCAGGAAGUAGCAGCAGCCGGAGCAUCAGUAGGAACCAGAAGGAGAAACCUUGAAGUCCCGUUAAAUGUGUGUGUGUGUGUGUGUGUGUGUGAAUGUUGUGUUUGUUGGAACAACACACAUCUCUUUGUACAGUUCUUUAGCCUGGAAUGUCGCUUUUUAUAUUUGAAAAU